AUGGUAGGCGUUACACCAACAGACUUAGCAAUGUUGGAGGACAGAGUGGAGCAACUGGAGAGAAUCUAUGGUAAAAAUGCUUCGGAGAAAGAAGCUGUGAAAAUAUUAGAGGAGCUCAAUACUAAGGUGGACAAGAUGCUUGGCAAGCACCCAAAAACACAAGCUCUACUGAAGAGACUAAACGAACUGUCCACCUACACAAACCCCGGCUUUAUCAUGCGGUAUGAUCCCUCCAAGUUCAUUCAGCAAGAGUACGUUGUUGGCAGUACCAACCGCAUGCAGAAAGCAGCAUCAGAUGCAAAGCAGAUAGCUGAUCUUAAGAGUGAGGUUAAUCCUGGGAAUUUGAAGAAUGUGCCCGAACUCGAGAAGAAGAUGGGACCUCUCACUCUGAAGUGUCUGAAACUACAUGACGAUGGGGAGGCGGUUAACAAGGAGAUUAACGAACUAGUAGGUAAGUGGAAUGAAAUCCUGAACACUUUAUCUGAGCAGUUUGUAACCUGGGAUAACAUCCUAAGAGAACACGAGGAGGCGGCUAAAGAUAACGAGUGAGAAGUUUGACUAUUACCUGGAGAGGGGGGAAAUAUAUAACGCUUCUAACUGAGCUACAGAGCAUGGUACUAACUAAUUGAGAUUAGAGUUCAGUGGUAUGGAGGAAUGUUAUAUUGAGGAUUAACGUUUAAUCAUGGUGUUAUAAUACUGCACAAUAAUAGUUUUGACAUUUACUUUGAAUAAUGUUUUUGACGAUCUUAUUCUUUGAGAAUUGAACUGGAAAGCUUAGAUAGAGUACUUUACUAAUUACUUAGAUAGAGUGUUAAACGAAGAUCUAAAUUCCACAAUCCACUCGGUCUAUUUGGGAAUUUUUCCCUACGAUCUGUACCAUGUUGUAAAUUGUGGGUUUUUGUAUUUAUUUUUUAAUGUGAGCAAGAAAUCAUCAAUGUUAUAGAAUGACAUAUUAUCGUAAUAUUUUAUUUAAACGUUAGAUUUAGAUGUGGCCGAGCAGAAUUCAGCUACUUGAUUACCGUUUAUCUUAUUUAUGCAUUUUGUAUGUUUUGUAAAUAAUCAUUCAAUUCUACUUAUAUUAUGA